AUGGCCCCUCUUCAACAGAGCCCUGCUUCAAUGUUCCACGAGAACAACCGAACGGUGGUUGACAACGCCACCGACGCCGACACGAGGCCUGCAUUCGGCGGAGCUCGAUCGCCGUGGAAUUAUGCCCGUUUCGAGCUGGCCUACGGCGAGCUGCAUGUCUACUUCACGGCCAUCCUUCUGGGCACAAUCAUACUGUGCACAAUUGUGGGAAAUGUGUUUGUGGUAGCUGCGAUCAUUUUGGAACGCAAUUUACAGGUCAGUCGAGCCACGAAACACACAUUUCAUGCGUUAUAG